CUCCACUUUGAAAAUUUUAACAAGGAAUAAAAGAAUUUCAUUCAAAUAUAAAAUUAUUGUUUAAUAUAAGUACACCGAGGAAAGGGUUGAUAUAAUGUCAGACACAACCGAUCGUUAGAAAAAUUACAAUGGAGGAAGAUACGUGCUGGAAUCUAAUCAUGUAUCUUUUUUAUAUUUCGGUGUUCUUGAUAAUAUUUAAACUAUACAAUAAUAUAACUAAAGGAAGAUUCAAUAGUAAAAAAAGACUUGAUGGCCAAGUUAUAAUUGUCACUGGCGCAAGCAGAGGAAUGGGAAAAUGUACAGCUACAGAAUUUGCAAAAAGGGGAGCCAAAGUUAUUUUGGCUGACGUUGGUCCUAAAGAAUUAGGCGAGGCUAAAAACGAGAUCGUAGCCAUAUCUGGUAACGAAAAUAUUGUGGCAAAACACCUGGAUUUAGCAUCUUUCAAAAGUGUUAGAAAAUUUGCUAAGAACAUACUUGAAACGGAAAACCGAUUAGACGUUCUUGUCAAUAACGCUGGCGUAAAUUGUCUCGUGAAUCCAAAAACUGAAGAUGGUAUUCCAAUGGGUUUACAAGUUAACCACUAUGGACAUUUUUUGCUGACAAAUUUAUUGAUCGGUUUAUUGAAAAGAUCAGCUCCAAGUCGAAUUAUACAUAUAUCCUCCAUCGCGCACUUAUUUGGACAAAUAGACUUUGAUAACCUGACGGGGGAAAAAAUUACAAAAUGGAAUUUCUUGCAUUACUGUAAUAGUAAAUUAUACAACUUUGUAGGCAGUAAUGAGCUUUCGAGGCGUUUGGAAGGCACUGGCGUGACAUCAAACAGUGUGUAUCCUGGUGCCGUAAGAACAGAAUUAAUUGUAGAAAAUAUCAAUUCCAUAUUUGCAUUUGUAGCAAAUACAUUUGUUGGAACCUUUUUUAAGAGUGCAGAGCAAGGCGCACAAACAGCCAUUUAUUUAGCUGUGAGUGAUAAUGUUUCAAAUGUAUCAGGAAAAUAUUUUGCAGACUGCAAGAAAUCAAUGCUGACGAGCCCUGUCGCCAAAGACAAGGAAAUCGGCAAGAGAUUUUUUGAAAGAUGCUGUGAUAUUGUGGGACUUGAGUUUGAAGAACGGUUAAUUUAAUUACUGUUGCGUAUUUAUUCUACUGUGAACAAAAAUCAUUCUUAUGUAUGAAAAAUAUUUCUGAACAAUGACCUAUACUCUUAUAUAAUAUAUUCGUACAAGUUCUUAAUUUAAUACAAAAAUUCUAACAAAUCAGCAACAUAUUUUUUUUUAGUACAUACAAAUUUU